UUGGAUAUCUGAAUCACUAUACGAGGUAGUGUAUAGAUUGAAAAUGAUUAAAAUUGUUUUAAUAGUACUAGGGGUGUCUUCUGUUUUAAGCUGGGCGCUACCAAAUCCAAACCAUAUUAGUGGUUUGGAUUUAACAAAAUAUCAAUUAGGUGCUGAUAAUAUCCCGAUAGUUAGUUAUGAUGCUAACAAUUUUAAUCCCGACGUUACCAAUCAGUACCAUCUAUUUACAAGGUCAAACCCAUUGAUAAGUCAGCCUUUGGUUAUUGGACAUAAUAAUAUUCUAUCACAAUCCAACUUUAAUAAUAAUAGGAGAACUGUGUUUCUCAUUCACGGAUGGUUGAACUCUGCUACCUCAGAUUUCAAUAGAGAACUUGUACCAGUGUUACUUUCUGUCGAGGAUCUAAACGUUAUUGUAGUGGACUGGUCUAUUGGAGCAAAUUCACUAAACUAUAGGAUCGUAAAUACAAACGCUGUGAAAUCAGGUGAAGCUGUAGCAAGAUUCAUUGGCUGGUUAAGCCAACAAAGUGGAAUAAGUUUGGAACAAGUUCAUCUCAUUGGUCAUGGACUUGGAGGUCACCAAGCUGGUGUUACAGGGAGAGCUUCUUUUGGAAAAAUCGGUUAUAUUACAGGUUUAAAUCCCUCAUUAAUUGGCUGGGUUACCAACAUUGAUCGACUUUCUCCCAAUGACGCAUUAUACACAGAAGUGCUUCAUACAAACUAUGUACAUGGUUAUAUUGGCGAUUUAGGACACGUUGAUUUCUAUUUCAAUGGAGGAAUAUCAAUGCCCGGGUGUGACUCAAACGAAUGUGACCAUGACAGAAGCUUCUUAUACUUUGCUGAGUCGAUAGUGUCAGGAGGCUUUACAGGAAGGGAAUGUUUGAACUAUUAUGCCGCUGUUUUAGGGAUGUGUGAUUUUCACCCCCGUCGUCUACAAAUGGGCGGUUUAAAUCCCAAAUAUGGAAAAACUGGUGUCUACUACUUGGAAACCAACCCCUCCUCACCAUACUCACAGGGAUAAUAAGGUUAAAUCCAUCACGGGAUGACAAUGAAAAAAUAAAGAAAUAAAAAUUUAACAUCUUUAUUUAUAUACCUAGUUAACAUUAAAGCAAUAAAUAGGACAAGAAGUGUUACUUCAGCUUAAGAUCAUCAUAAGUCGUGAAAGCUAGAGAGCUUGGCAAGCAAAGCUUAAUACUACAAAAUGCUUCUUUUGUACUUUUUUAAAAUGAUUUUAUCACAGAUGAUUAGGAUGUUUAAAAUAUUUAGGCCCUCGUCUUUGAGGUGCUUCAGAGGGUGUGGGUGGGGCCACAGUUGUUGUAGAGUUACGUUUAGCUGGUAUAUCUAGAAGGCUGCUGAGAAAUGCUACACCUUGUUCUGCGGUUUGGUAGACACUGGCGA